UAAUUCUUUUAUCAACGUAUUAAUUAUUAUUAACGGAUAAUCAAAUUUUCACGUUUAAUUAAUUUUAUUCAAUGUGAAUGAUUGAACGAAAGAAUCCAAGAAUCUCUUAUUAAUAUGAAUAUGAAAUUUCUACGAUUAGAAAGAUCUGUUAGAUAUUGGUCAAGCAAAGCUUGAACCGGUAUCAUCGAAUGACAUUUGGCGCAAUAUGUCGACGCGGGUUGGUUCUAUGUAUAUAAAAGGUGGGCGCUGCGGUUAAAUCAUCGUCAGUAACGUCCAACCGGUGGUGUCCACAUGAAACUGAAGUGAAGUAAUAAAGAUAGAAAAUGACAGGCAAGAUUAUCCUUUUGAGUUUGUUAGCGACAAUGGUAAUGGCGGCAAAUGAACCGAUUGCCAUUGUACGUCAAUCACAAGACAUCAGCCCGGAUGGUAGUUUUUACGCGAAAUGGGAAACCGCUAAUGGUAUAACCGUUGAAGAACAGGGUAGUUUGAAGAAUGUCGGUUCGAAGGACGAAGCCGAGGAAGUUCAGGGAUCAGCUGCUUGGACAGCUCCGGAUGGUACAAAGGUCAAUCUUGGAUGGCUGGCUAACGAAAAUGGUGCCGUUUUCGAGGGUUCCCAUUUGCCAACACCACCACCGACCCAACCAAUUCCUGCCGCCAUUCAACGUGCUCUCGACUGGAUAGCUACUCAUCCAUACAAAGAAGAUAACAAGAAUAAACUUUAAACGUUUAUACUCUUAUUUGUAUAUUGUUAUUAUUAAUGUAAAAUAUAUUUUAUUUUAUUAACACAAAAACAAACACUUUC